AUGACUAGUUCAAUGUCCAUGAUCAUGUCGGGCAUGGCAAGUACGACUAUGUCAGCAGCCUCAGCUACUGCUCCCGCAGCAGCGGCUACAUCCUCGGGGAUGAGCAUGGAUAUGGGUAUGGGAAGUGGUUCAUCUUGCAAGAUUUCUAUGCUAUGGAAUUGGAAUACAAUUGACAGCUGUUUUCUCGCCUCGAGCUGGCACGUCAAAAAUGAAGGAAUGUUUGCCGCUUCCUGUAUUGGCGUCGCAUUCCUAGUCGUCGGUCUCGAGUUUAUGCGUCGAGUCGGGAAGGAAUAUGAUACCGCCAUCCUUCGCCAAUUCCAACGACACAUUGCCGCCCAAGCUGCCGAACUGAAAAUCCAAAGGAGUUCUGACUCAUGCCGGACUGAACCUCAGUUUGUGACUUUUCGCACCACGCCUCUCCAGCAGCUCAUCCGGUCCGUCAUCCAUGCCGUCACAUUUGGGGUGGCGUACAUCGUUAUGUUGCUGGCAAUGUAUUUCAACGGAUAUAUCAUCAUUUCUAUCAUCAUUGGUGCCCUCAUCGGCAAGUUUCUUUGCGAUUGGAUGGUUCAGAAAGUACCGAUCGGUGCCAUGGUGGACAAUUCCAAGGGCCAUGGGGUUGCCGAGCCGACCGUAUGUUGCGGUUAA